UUAAAAAAAAUAGGCACGAAGGGUUGAUCUCCCAUAAAAAAAAUUGAAUUUCGCGCUUAUUUCUACUGGGUGUGUUUCAGUCAAAAAUAUAUUCGUUUGAAACAUUUUGAAACAGUAAGUUAUUAACGGUAGGUAUUCUUACUGCGCAUGUCCACAAGUAUUGAUUAUAAUUUACCCGCUUAUAAUUCUGCGGAAUAGUAUGAGUUGGUUAUUACACUAAAUCGGCUCGUGUUUUCCGAGCUAUAGCAAAUCGAUUGUAAUAAUCGCCCCAUCAAGCGGCACCGAAAAACCAUAGACGCAGAAAUUUAUUCAUAGACAACUUUUGAGACAAAAUGAAGGAAACGAAUGGACAAGACAUUGAUACCAGGAAUGUUGUUAAGAACAGGGAGUUGCUCUAUCGCAUGAUCAUCAGCCAGCUAUACUAUGAUGGCUUCCAGCCAAUAGCUGCUACGUUGGCAGCCGCUGUGCAUGCGGACCCAUGCCCUCCGAGUGACAGACUACUAAAUGUGAUGAUGGUGGGGCUGCAGCAUGAGCCUGAUCGCAAGGACCGCCUGGCUGCCUCCAGUGGAGCUGAGCACUUGCUCGGAACUACUGGUUUUGACUUGGAGUACGAAAUGGACGCAUCCUCCCUCGCUCCCGAACCAGCAACUUAUGAAACAGCCUACGUGACGUCACACAAGAUGGCGUGCCGCGCCGGCGCGUUCAGCGCGUGCGGCCAGCUGGUGGCCACAGGGAGUGUGGACGCCAGUAUUAAGAUCUUGGACGUGGAGCGUAUGCUGGCCAAAUCGGCGCCAGAAGAAGUGGACCCGGGCAGAGAGCAGCAAGGGCACCCUGUUAUUAGGACUCUGUAUGACCACACGGAUGAGAUCACGGCCCUGGACUUCCACCCUCGAGAACAGAUCUUAGUGUCAGCCUCUCGGGACUGCUGCAUCAAGCUGUUCGACAUCACCAAGGCUAGCGCCAAGAAAGCGUACAAGAGUAUCACGGAUGCUGAGCAAGUUCUAUGCGUAGCUUUUCAUCCCCUCGGCGAUCAUAUCAUAGCAUCCACCACCCACCCCGUUAUACGUCUGUAUGACGUCACCACCAGCCAAUGCUUCGUGUGCCCCGUACCGAGCCAUCAUCAUACCAAACAAGUCAAUACUAUCAAGUUCUCCCCAAACGGUAAAUACUUUGCAAGCGGCAGCGCGGACGGCUGCGUCAAACUGUGGGACACCGUCUCCAACCGCUGCUUCAACACGUUCGUCAACGCGCACGACGGCUUCGAAGUCUGCUCCGUGGCGUUUACAAGGAACAGCAAGUAUCUCCUGACUUCUGGCUUGGACUCUUCCAUAAAGCUAUGGGAGUUGUCAAGCAGUAGAUGUCUCAUUCAGUACACCGGGGCUGGAACAACCGGCAAGCAAGAGCACCACGCGCAAGCCAUAUUCAACCAUACUGAAGACUACGUCAUAUUCCCCGAUGAAGCGACUACAUCUUUAUGCACUUGGCACUCGAGAAGCGCGUCUAGAGCUCAACUCAUGUCGCUGGGGCAUAACGGGGCUGUCAGGCACAUCGUGCACUCGGGCACGGCGCCAGCCUUCUUGACCUGCAGCGACGACUACAGGGCCCGCUUCUGGUUCCGACGCAACACGCAUUAAAAUCUACACGAUUUGUCUGUCUAGUGAAUCUUGCGACCUAAACGCGUAAGCGCCAUUAAUUUUUACCGCGCUUACGACGUUUUGCCGUCGCGUGGUACAGUCAAGGUAUUAAAUAUCGGCACGGACAAAGUGCCAAAAAUAUGUAUACACGCCCUUAUUGCCCAUACAUUAAGGUAGUGUGUACAUAUUUAUGGCACUUUGUCCGUAUCGAUAUUUAAUACCUUGACAUACCUUGACUGUACAGGUUGCUAUAGCCGCCAUUUCGUUGUUUGGUAUGGCUUCCCUUUAUACUCUGUAUCGUUAGGUAUUUAAAUAAAAGUAAACAAACAAUUUGUAUAUUUUCGGGUAGUUAUAACAUUUAUUGGUUAACCAACCAAAUACAAAACCGCCCGGACCUAUCGAUCUGACUUUAACCUAUAUUAUUUGAUCGUGUAAUGUUUUCAUCUACCCUCAACUGGCUUAAGGAGUCAUUUGAGGGUAGAUUUUGUUUACUUUUAUUUAAAUACCUAAAGAUACAGAUAGAUAAAGAUGUGUAUUUAAAUAUAGGACUUACUAGUAAGAAAUUAGAUUUUAAGUUAAUUCUCAUAAUAAAAUUAUUGGUGAAA